UUGGUUCUAUUAUUGGAUCAGGAAAACGAAACCAUCAGAGGGAAAAAAUAUCGGUGUCAGAAAGUUUUGAAGAAACAGCUCUUUAAGAAGUACUAACAAGAUAUGAAGGUGUAUAUUUGGUUCCCUAAAGAGACCCAUAUUGGUCACGCUUCUCUAGAACUCUCCAACGGAAGGUACAUAAGCUGGUGGCCACACGAAGCAAAGAAAACUGAACCGAUGACUCUUGACGGAUUAGCUCACGAAUCCCUUGAGGAUGACGUCAAGGCAGAAGAGCGAGGUCCUGACAAAAUAUUUCACCUUGAUUACGACGAAGAAAAGAUCGAAGACUGGUGGAUCGAAUGGAGCAACAGAGGGAACUAUAACCUGGUUGAUACCAAUUGCUGCUGGGUUGUCUACGAAGCUUUACGACAUGGCGGAGCUCCCUACAGUCCUAAUCCGAUCUGGUCUCCGUCUGUUCUCUACCGUUAUUUGAUAAGAGUGACGAAGGGGUUUUUGGCUAUGAUUCGUGCAUUUUCCGAAACAUCGCUCAUUUGAAAAAAAUUUGGAGAGGCGGUGUAAAGACAGACUGAGAGCUUAAUGGCGCGAAUAAUGAUUCCCAAAAAAUAAAGCUUUGUUCAGCAAAUUUG